CUGUCUAUUUCUUACACUUCAGGCUCUUGCGGUGGGAUUUGGGAUAGCAGUGCAUUAACUUCUCUGGGGAGGCGAAUUAAUUGAAAAUUACACACCUGUACACAAAGUAGCAACCGGUGUUGUAACCAGUACAUGACAAAGAAAAAGAAAAGAUACUCCUGAGGGAUUUAACCUCAGCCGGGGAAUUUAUGUAACCCUACAGGACGCGAUACAAUGCUGCCGUGGAAGAAAAACAAAUUCGAUCUGAUCAGAGAAGACAAGCAGGUGAAACAGAAGAGUUAUGCCGUGAGUCUAAAUUACUCGGCGCUCACAUCUUUCGCUAGGUCUUGUCCUGAGAGUGCACUGAAUAGGGUUGGGAGCAUGUUCAAAUCAAAGAGGAAAAAGGUCAAGAUUACCAGCGAGGACCCCACGUACACGGUGCUUUAUCUGGGAAACGCGACCACCAUCCAGUCCAAAGGAGACGGAUGUACGGACGUGGCUGUCAGUAAAAUUUGGAGCAAAAGUGAAACGGGUAAAAACGGGACAAAGAUGAAGCUGACCAUCAGUUCGCAGGGCAUCCGAAUGGUGCACAUUGACGAAAAGGCGAGGAAACCGGGACAUCUGUACUUACUGCACCGGAUCACUUACUGCGUGGCCGACCCGAGGCUGCCCAAGGUUUUCGCGUGGAUCUACAGGCAUGAGAUGAAGCACAAGGCGGUGAUGUUGCGGUGCCAUGCCGUACUCGUGUCAAAGCCGGAGAAAGCGAAAGCCAUGGCGCUGCUCCUCUAUCAGACCUCGGCCACCGCUCUGGCGGAAUUCAAAAAACUCAAACGAAGGGACGAUGCCAGGCACCAGCAGCAGCAGAUCAUAGGGGAGCACACGAUCCCCCUGGUGCCGCUCCGUAAGCUCCUGAACGGCCAGUGCUAUUAUAAACCGCCCGUGGAGCGCAGCAGGAGCGCACCGAAACUUGGGUCCAUCACGGAGGACUUACUCGGGGAGGAAGAAGAGGAAAGGACCAUGCAUUAUGAAUAUGAAGACAUCCUCGACUCCGACAGCAAUUGCUUGGAUGGGACUAAGAGGGACCUUUACCGGAUAAUCGAUGAUCUGGGUGAAAUGUGCAUUGGGAACGACGUGCAGAUACUGAAAGCGGACCUACGAGUGACUCGCCUCCUUUCGGGAGAGAGUACGGGCAGCGAAUCCUCAAUAGAAAUCACGCAGGAGAAUGGGCAUAUUUCAAACGGCAUCGAUGAGGACAAAAUGCAGGAGAUCCUGUGAUGAUAAAUUAGGAACAACCCCCCCCUCCACACACACACAUACAUAUAUAUGUUAACUGUCGCCUCUCCUGAUAGGAAAGAUUUAUCCUGUUCAUAAUAUGGGAUUAUUCGUCUAAACUGCACGAGUAAGGGCAUGUUGAAAGUUCCUAAAAAUGACACCCAACACGAACAAAAUCGAAGAUCGAGGAAGAUCCGCUAAAUCGGACCGUUAGCGAAACGUUUGUUUAUCCCAUGCAUGCUUCACUUGAAAAAGAAGCCAAAAUGCUUUAAAUAAUAUCCUUAAGUAUUUUCUUCCGAGUCAUGGAUCUACUGCACAUUUUAUAUUCUUAUUAUUUUGUUUGCAUUGCACUGUUCUGUUGUGUGUCAGAUUAUUGAUUAAUUUGAUAUCCCUUUUGAAUGUCUUAAGCGUCACUAUUGUUAAAUCUUUGCUGUGCAAAAGAAAAAAAAUAAUGUAUUAAAAUGUAAAUAGUAAAAGAAGUAUGUGCAUACAGAUUUAUUUUUUAAAGAAAGUGUUUUCUGUGAAUCAAACCAAUAAACACAAACAUGCGAAAAAC